AUGCAGAAGGGGAUCCGGCUGAACGAUGGCCACGUCGCGUCCCUGGGACUGCUGGCGCGCAAGGACGGCACGCGCAAAGGCUACCUGAGCAAGCGGAGUUCGGACAACACAAAAUGGCAAACCAAGUGGUUCGCGCUGCUGCAGAACCUGCUCUUCUACUUCGAGAGCGACUCGAGCUCGCGGCCCUCGGGGCUCUACCUGCUGGAGGGCUGCGUCUGCGACCGCGCGCCCUCCCCCAAGCCUGCGCUCUCGGCCAAGGAGCCGCUGGAGAAACAGCAUUAUUUCACAGUCAACUUCAGCCACGAGAACCAGAAAGCCCUGGAGCUGAGGACAGAGGAUGCCAAGGAUUGUGACGAGUGGGUGGCAGCCAUCGCUCACGCCAGCUACCGGACGCUGGCCACGGAGCAUGAAGCGCUGAUGCAGAAGUACCUGCACCUGCUGCAGAUCGUGGAGACAGAGAAGACGGUGGCCAAGCAGCUGCGGCAGCAGAUCGAGGACGGGGAGAUCGAGAUCGAGCGGCUGAAGGCAGAGAUCGCCUCCCUGCUCAAGGACAAUGAGCGCAUCCAGUCCACCCAGACCGUCACCCCCAACGAUGAGGACAGCGACAUCAAGAAGAUCAAGAAGGUGCAGAGCUUCCUACGGGGCUGGUUAUGUCGGCGCAAGUGGAAGACCAUCAUCCAGGACUACAUCCGCUCGCCCCACGCCGACAGCAUGCGCAAGAGGAACCAGGUGGUGUUCAGCAUGCUGGAGGCCGAGGCCGAGUAUGUGCAGCAGCUGCACAUCCUGGUCAACAACUUCCUGCGCCCGCUGCGGAUGGCAGCCAGCUCCAAGAAGCCCCCCAUCACGCACGACGACGUCAGCAGCAUCUUCCUGAACAGCGAGACCAUCAUGUUCCUGCACCAGAUCUUCUACCAAGGCCUGAAGGCCCGCAUCUCCAGCUGGCCCACCCUGGUCCUGGCGGACCUGUUCGACAUCCUGCUNCCCAUGCUGAACAUCUACCAGGAGUUCGUCCGCAACCACCAGUACAGCCUGCAGAUCCUGGCGCACUGCAAGCAGAACCGCGACUUCGACAAGCUGCUGAAGCACUACGAGGCCAAGCCCGACUGCGAGGAGCGCACCCUGGAGACCUUCCUCACCUACCCCAUGUUCCAGAUUCCCAGGUACAUCCUGACGCUGCAUGAGCUCCUGGCGCACACCCCUCAUGAGCACGUGGAGCGCAACAGCCUAGACUACGCCAAAUCCAAACUGGAGGAACUGUCCAGGAUAAUGCAUGACGAAGUGAGCGAGACGGAGAACAUCCGGAAAAACCUCGCCAUUGAGCGCAUGAUUAUUGAAGGCUGCGAGAUCCUGCUGGACACCAGCCAGACUUUCGUGAGACAAGGCUCCCUCAUCCAGGUGCCCCUGUCUGAGAAGGGCAAGAUCACCAGGGGCCGCCUGGGGUCUCUGUCCCUGAAGAAGGAGGGUGAGCGGCAGUGUUUCCUGUUCUCCAAGCAUCUGAUUAUCUGCACCAGGGGCUCUGGCGGGAAGCUCCACCUGACCAAGAAUGGGGUCAUCUCCCUCAUCGACUGCACGCUGCUGGAGGACCCAGAGAACACGGAGGAAGACGCCAAAGGAUCCAACCAAGACAUAGACCACUUGGAUUUUAAGAUCGGGGUGGAGCCCAAGGAUUCCCCGCCUUUCACGGUCAUCCUCGUGGCCUCGUCCAGACAGGAGAAGGCGGCGUGGACCAGUGACAUCAGCCAGUGUGUGGAUAACAUCCGGUGCAACGGGCUGAUGAUGAACGCGUUCGAGGAGAACUCCAAGGUCACCGUGCCGCAGAUGAUCAAGUCCGACACCUCCUUGUACUGCGAUGACGUGGACAUUCGCUUCAGCAAGACCAUGAACUCUUGCAAAGUGCUGCAGAUCCGCUACGCCAGCGUGGGAAGGCUGCUCGAGAGGCUGACGGACCUGCGCUUCCUGAGCAUCGACUUCCUCAACACGUUUCUGCACUCCUACCGCGUCUUCACCACCGCCGUCGUGGUCCUGGACAAGCUCAUCACCAUCUACAGGAAGCCCAUCAGCGCCAUCCCCGCCAGGUCGCUGGAGCUCUUGUUUGCCAGUGGUCAGAACAACAAGCUUCUAUACGGAGACCCUCCCAAGUCCCCGCGCGCCACGCGCAAGUUCUCCUCGCCGCCGCCCCUGUCCAUCACCAAGACGUCGUCCCCCAGCCGCCGGCGGAAGCUGUCCCUGAACAUCCCCAUCAUCACGGGCGGCAAGGCGCUGGACCUGGCCGCCCUCAGCUGCACCUCCAACGGCUACACCAGCCUGUGCUCGGCCGUGUCGCCCUUCAGCAAGGCCACGCUGGACACCAGCAAGCUCUACGUGUCCAGCAACUUCGCCAACAAGAUCCCGGACGAGGACGACAUGGCCCCUGAGAAGCCUGAAGAGCCCGUGGCUCUCAGCAAGCAGAGCUCAGAAGUCUCCGUGAGGGAAGAGUCUGACAACGACCAAAACCAGAGUGACGAUGGGGACACCGAGGCCUCACCGACCAAAUCGCCAACGACACCAAAGUCAGUCAAAAGCAAAAAUUCCUCAGAGUUCCCCCUCUUUUCCUACAACAACGGGGUCGUCAUGACCUCGUGUCGGGAACUGGACAACACGCGCAGUGCCCUGUCGGCAGCCUCUGCCUUUGCCAUAGCCACGGCGGGAGCCAACGAGGGCACCCCGAACAAGGAGAAGUACCGGAGGAUGUCCCUGGCCAGCGCAGGGUUUCCCCCCGACCAGAGGAACGGGGACAAGGAGUUCGUGAUCCGCCGAGCAGCCACCAACCGCGUCCUGAACGUGCUCCGCCACUGGGUCUCCAAACACUCUCAGGACUUUGAGACCAACGACAAGCUCAGAUGCAAGGUGAUCAGCUUCCUGGAGGAGGUCAUGCACGACCCCGAGCUGCUGACCCAGGAGAGAAAGGCUGCAGCCAACAUCAUCAGGACUCUGACCCAGGAGGACCCGGGCGACAACCAGAUCACUCUGGAGGAGAUCACACAGAUGGCCGAAGGCGUGAAGGCGGAGCCCUUUGAAAACCACUCGGCCCUGGAGAUCGCGGAGCAGCUGACCCUGCUGGACCACCUCGUCUUCAAGAAGAUCCCUUAUGAGGAGUUCUUCGGACAAGGCUGGAUGAAACUGGAGAAGAACGAAAGGACCCCUUACAUCAUGAAGACCACUAAGCAUUUCAAUGACAUCAGCAACUUGAUUGCUUCAGAAAUCAUCCGCAAUGAGGACAUCAACGCAAGAGUGAGCGCCAUCGAGAAAUGGGUGGCCGUGGCUGACAUAUGCCGCUGCUUGCACAACUAUAAUGCUGUGCUGGAGAUCACCUCGUCCAUGAACCGGAGCGCAAUAUUCCGGCUGAAAAAGACGUGGCUCAAAGUCUCUAAGCAGACAAAAGCUUUGAUUGAUAAGCUCCAAAAGCUUGUAUCAUCAGAGGGCAGAUUUAAGAAUCUGAGAGAAGCUCUGAAAAAUUGUGACCCCCCCUGUGUCCCUUACCUGGGGAUGUACCUCACCGACCUGGCCUUCAUCGAAGAGGGGACGCCCAAUUACACGGAGGACGGCCUGGUCAACUUCUCCAAGAUGAGAAUGAUAUCUCAUAUUAUCCGAGAGAUUCGCCAGUUUCAACAAACUGCAUAUAAAAUAGAACACCAAGUGAAGGUGACCCAGUACCUGCUGGACCGAUCAUUCGUGAUGGACGAGGAAAGCCUCUACGAGUCCUCUCUCCGCAUGGAGCCCAAACUGCCCACCUGA